AAGUCGCCGCCAUUUACUUCGCCACUUUCAUCCUCAUCCUCAUUCCUCUCUACAUCGCGGCCGUCCUGCUCACCCUCCCCCUCUGGCUCCCUUUGGUGGCGGCCUUCUUAGCGUUUUGUGGCGCCUUUGUGACGCACCUCCUGAGUAUGGUCGCCGUCUUCUCUUUCGGAGCCUGCUGGAUAUACUCCGGGCACAGAAUCCACCGGGGAGCAUUGACCCCGAAGCAAUUGGACGGUCCGGAAGAGCCGCCGAUCGUACUCGAGAUUCCUCCGGCCUUGUCAAGCUUCGGAGAGAUGCUUGAGUGUCCCAUCACCCGGCAAGUCAUGCACGACCCGGUGAUCGCAACCGACGGCUUCACCUAUGAGCGCUCGGCGAUUGCCGCGUGGCUCGCCCGCAGUUCCACGUCGCCCAUGACCAACCUGCCACUGUCCGGCGAUUUCCGGCGGUUGAUCCCAAAUCGGACGGUGAAGGCACAAAUCGCGGAGUGGCGGAACGUUCAGGAGAAACGGGUGGAAGCGCAGAAGACAGGCGUUGCGCUGCGGCUUUUGAUCAAGCAAGUUGUUUCGGUUGCUGGAAACGUUGAUACACUACUGUUCGGCUUUUUGGAAGAGCUGUGA